AUGCCACCAAAACUUAAAAGAGGCCGUCCACCAGGCUCAAAAAACAAGAAGACUAUCAAUCUAUUAGCUCAGAAAAUUAAGGAUGAACAAAACGGCGAGAACAUCAAGCAACAGAAUGAUGAUUGCUAUUGUGAAUCUUGUAAACAAUCAUUUCCAUCGGCUCGGGUUUAUCGAAAGCAUGUCAAAUCUUGUACAAUUAAACAGGAAAUAUCACUCGCAGGUGUCGAUGUUACACCAAUAAAGCCUGCAUACAACUGUAAGCAAUGCAGCAAAAAGUUCAGAUUUAUCAAGAGUUACGAAAGUCAUCUAUUGAACGAACAUUCUUCGACUCCUGGCAGUGUUUCUUGUAACCAAUGUGAUGUGGUGUGUCCUAAUGAAGAUGUUUUGGCCCAACACGUCCAGAAUGUUCAUCUUAGAGAGAUCUUUGAAUGUGAACACUGUGAUCAGAAGUUCGUUAGGAGGUCUCAUGUUCUCAGACACAUGAUGCAAAAGGGCUGUGAUGGCAGAAAAAUCGUCACCUAUCCAUGUGAAAUCUGUGAGGCAUCGUUCUCAAGGAAAGAUAACCUGAUGGUUCAUCUGAGGUUGCAGCAUAUAACAACCAAGCAUUUCAGCUGCAAGCUCUGUGAAUACCACACCAGAAAUUUCUCAAAGUUGAUUAUACACAAUCAACAGAAACAUACAGAAACACCUAGAUUUGAAUGUGAUCAUUGCGGCAAGAUAACUGGUUCCCGAGGAGCCAUCGCCAAACACCUUGAAAUACACGGUGACAAGAAAUUUGGCUGUGAAGUGUGUGGCUAUGCAACCUUCACGGUUGAGGUAAUGCGUCGUCAUGUUCUAACGCAUGUUAGAGAGAAGCCAUACAAAUGUGAUAUAUGUGGCCAGUCGUACAUACAAAAAGUUCAGCUACAAAGACACUUGGAGAAACACACCGGCAAUCAAUGCAACAUAUGUUCUAAGAGCUUCGAUUCUAAAAUAAAAUUGAUUGUUCAUGAAAUCAUGCAUAAGGGAGAGCCUUUGCUAUGUCCAUACAGCAACUGUGACACGAAAAAGUUUAAAGAUGCCAAUGAUCUGGCCAGUCACAUCAAAAUGCACCUGAACGAAAAACCAUUCGAGUGUGAGGUAUGCAAUAAACGUUUUAACCUAGAGGUUAAUAUGCGUCGUCAUAUGGGCACUCAUACACUAGAGAAGGCGCGUCGCUGUAUGUAUUGUGUAUCCGCGCGCGCAUACGUGAGAGGCGAACAACUGGUCCGCCAUGUGAGGAAAACACACCCACAAGUGUUCCAGCAGAGGCUACUACACGUGCGGAGUGUACUUGGUUCUAAUCUGGGUUUGAGUCGCGUGAGGAAGUCUGAAAUAGAGUCUAUCUUGAACGUACUUGAUGCAGAGUCAGAUCGGAUUCUUGAAGGUUGUGGGGACGGAGCUUUAUAUGGUGGACUGCAAGAGAACGAUGACUCAAAUAUCAAACAGGAAGAAGAAAAACCGCUAAUGGCAGAGGAUGAACUAGCUGAUAGUCUGAACAAACUCCUCACACACAUGAUAGAUAAGGAGAUGCUGGAGUGUUUAGGAUGGCCGGACGAACCUAUAGAUGAGGUUUUGGAGCGCAUGAUAUCAAACUGUGGUGCUAAAGCAGCUGACCACAGCUGGCCACGAGUGCAACGUCUUCGAGAGAACGCCAAACAAUUAUUCCUACACGUAGUUGAAGAUCAGACGGUGGCCCGCAUGCUGCACACACACACCAUCGACCAGGUCAUCAAACACAUACUCGCACAAGUAGCUGAUGAUAAGUUAGACUUAGUCGAGUUUGGUAUAUUUAUCUACUCAUCUAAUAUGUCGUCAACGGCACCUUUAAUUAUAAGGCUAUUAGCUUCGUCGGUGUCUGUGGCAGGUCGAGCUGGCAAAAUUGUGAGAGAUGUUAUGAGCAGAGGGGAACUAGGAAUAGUUGAAAAGGGCAAAGACGAUUAUCAGACUGAAGCUGACAGAUCAGCACAGCGAUGUAUUAUAUCAUCUUUAUCAUCACUGUAUCCUAAGGUCAAUAUUAUUGGAGAGGAAGGAAGUCCUGACUCCGAGGGUGAAAUUCCAAGUGAAUGGCUUCAAAUAGAGGCGGACAAGGAAGUUCUGUUAUUGGAAUGUCCUUCAAGUUUGCAAGGUGUUAAAGAAGAGGAUAUUGUUGUAUGGGUUGACCCUCUGGAUGGCACUUCUGAGUAUACUCAAGGUGCGUUAAUGUUGAAGCGGGAUCCUUGGGAAAGAUGGAAAAUGUAUUUAACACAUCCACUGAUAAGUAUCAAAUGGUAUUUAAGUUUACGACACUCAAACUACGGUUUUCUUGAGCAUGUAACUGUACUUAUUGGUAUAUCAGUGAAUGAGAAGCCAGUGGCCGGUGUAAUACAUCAGCCAUAUUUCAAAACUAUGGUCGGAGAGGAGAAGAAAAUGGGUAGAACUAUUUGGGGCCUUCAAGGAAUUGGUGUCGGAGGCUACACACCGGCACCUCCACCAGAUUCCCUUGUUAUCACAACAACAAGAAGUCAUUCAAACCCAGUAGUAGAGAAAGCUUUGCAAGUCAUGAAUGCAGCACAAAUUUUGAGAGUUGGCGGCGCUGGUUAUAAGGUUUUACAACUGCUAGAGGGUAAAGCAUCAAUAUAUGUAUUUGCAAGUCCUGGAUGCAAAAAGUGGGAUACAUGCGCUCCCGAGGCCGUACUUAGUGCUGCUGGUGGGAAAUUAACAGAUAUUUUGGGGGAUUUCUACAAAUAUGGAGCUUCCGUCACACAUCCUAACAAAACUGGGGUAUUGGCUGCGGUUAACGAUGAGCUUCACAACUAUGCCUUGAGUCGAAUACCACAAGAAUUAAAAGACAAACUAUCCGGUAAUUAA